UCCUUCUGGUCACUUAGCUAGACAGUCUUGUCCACUCAGACUGGAGGCAGGUUGAUUAUUUGGAGCCACCGGCUAGGACAGACAAUGAUGAGGCGGUAAAGUGCUGCUAGUGAAAGUGUUAUUCGCGUGUAACCUGUGAGAUUGAUACAUAUUUUACGACUUCUUGUGCAAAAAUGACGACGACCACGACAUAUCAAGGGAUGGAGCCCGGCUCUAAAAGCAGUUCCAGGGUUUUGCGCCCUCCUGGCGGCGGCUCCAACAUUACAUUUGGUGCAGAUGAGAAGAAGGCUCCCGUCCGGAAAGACAAGAUGGCCUCCAGUGUUUUCGCUGAGCCAGAGGACCCCUAUGCCAAUCGAAGGAACAAUCCACCAGGUGGGAAGCCCACAGGUGUGCUUUGUGGUGAGUCAUCAGCCCCCCUGAGGAGAGGAGGGAACCAGACCAGCAACCAAUCUGCAGACGCCCCCACCACAGAUGGAGAAAAUUAUGUACGUGAUUAUGAUAACAGUGCUCCUGAGCCUGAAGCCGUUCCAGAGCAGAAGGAGGAGGCCCCCCCAGCAGACGAUCCCGCUGCAGGAAUACCGUCUGGUCGGAGGAACCCACCUGGGGGCAAGUCCAGCCUCAUUCUGGGUUGAAUCCCAGCCAACUACCCCUACAUACAUCUACUCAUGUCUGAACUCAUCCGUUCUUUUCUUUUUUUUUAAACAAGGAACCCCGGCCCAUUUGUCUGUAUCGCGGGAAUCUUAUCUGUUGUCCAACUGACACAAGUUUCCUCCACAUCCCCAAGUGCAUUGUUUUGAUACCUCUUUUUUGAAAACUGUUUUGUACUGUUUGUUUGUUUUGACAGAAGCACUUUAUGUAUUUCUAUGUAUAUGGUUCAAAGUCUGCCUUUGCCCCUGUAUUGUAUUAGACCUUCCAGACAGGGUACAAAGAGCAUAUUUCUUAUAUCAACAAGUGAUAAAUCAAUCUCCCCUAACUUUAUUGCCACAGCAGAAGCUGUGCGUGAUUAUACAAGCAGUUUCCAGAACACAAGCAAAAUAAAAGCUUUCACUUUUGCAUUGUGUUCAGUUUAAAACCCAUCUUGCAUGCAUGUCUGGUCUAUAACGUAUGAAUGUGAGAAGAAACCUAACUGUGAAGUUUUUAUUUAUUUAACCAGUUUGUUAGUUGUUUUUUUGUGGAAUAAUUGUUGUAUUGUUGCAUGGAGUUGGAAUCUUUUUACUGAUUAUAGUAUUAUCCACUUAGGAGCCAAAUAGCAGCCACAUAAAUUACUGUCAUUGUGAUCUGAGGGAUGCAAACAUUUGUCUUUAGAUGAAUACUGCAGGUCCCAUGUAACAGAAUUGAAAUAAGCCUUUUUUAUAUUAUUGUAGUCACUAACCUUAGAUUAUUGUAACCCCAGUGCCAGUUUUUGAGUACCCCAUGUUUUUAUAGGUAAGAUUUACUCUACAAUAAAGUGUGCCUGUUUGUUAGUUAGGCUACAACAUCAAAUAAAGUUGGGUUUACCUAAUUGCAUUCUGCCAGUAUUAACAUGAACUGUUUUUUUUUUCCAUUGUGAGUUAAUGGAAUGUUGUUGGUACUAAAGUGUUUCUGGUAAACCCAUCCUAGAUUUGACAAGUGACCUUAUGACAGCUCAGCCUUUUUUUCUAUGCUUUACCCCCCUUAUAUAUUUAUUUACCAUCCUGCUUGCUGGACAUAUAGAACAGUCUUUUUGUACAUUUCAUUGUCACAUUCUUUAAACCAAAAUUCAAACACCCUCCUGCUUCUAUCUUGUUGAGUCAUUUGUGUGGUUGCUGUGUCAGCCAGCUGUGAUGCAAGACCUACAUUUCAAGUAAAUGAAAUGUAAAUUCCUGUGGUGUCUUUUUAACAUCUGUUAUGGUGCAAGAUAUGUCUGUUUGUAUCCAAAACCAAUUCCUGUUGCUGGAUGUAAGUCACUGCAGAAAUUUGAAAUCAAGAAAUGGCACAAGUGGUAAUGAACAUUAAAAAUCAAUUUUGACCAUGA